GGACUGGAGAGGGGUCGACCAGAUGGGAGGAAGGAAGGAAAGGAUCUCUCUGCGGGCUCAAGUGCGCGAUUAAAGGAUUCGGUACAAAUAAACAAAUAUAUGAAUCAAAGCUCCUAAUAAAAAGAGGGGGCUGAAGGCGCGUCACCGCGGUGCGUGGACGCGGACGAGACAGCGGCGGUGCGCGCUGAAACAGUGUCGUCUCUCUUUCUCUCUCCCUCUCUGGAUUUGUACUCCUCAUGUUCUUCAAACUCUUGGUGACGUUUACCGACUUUUGAGGUAAGGGAGUGAACAAGCUCCCCUCGCCUCGGACUUGUAAUUCAACUCUCUCCCCGGAAAAGAAGAAGCAGCAGCAGCUCCGGGGUGGAAGAGGAGGACGGAAGGAAGGAAGAGUUCGUAUUGUUGUUCCUUCCGAGGAGUCCAGCUCGCCGUAGCCGGGGUUUAGGCGUUGGCACCCGGGCAGGGAGUCCCUCCUCGCCAUGGCCGGGGCCAAGCCGGGAGUCCACGCGCUGCAGCUCAAACCCGUGUCCGUCCACGAAGCGCUGAAGAAGGGGGGCAAGUUCAUCAAAUGGGACGAGGAGCCUAACGGCGGCCCACCCACCCUGGUAACCCUGAAAGUCGACCCAGAUGGAUUCUUCCUCUACUGGACUGGAGGGUCCAACCUGGAGGUGGAGAUUCUGGACAUCAACACCAUCCGGGACACCAGGACGGGGAAAUAUGCCAAACAACCAAAGGACCCGAAGCUGCGGGACGUGCUGGGCUUCGUUAAGGGGGACAACGUUGAAGGGAAGCUGGUAACCGUUGUCCAUGGCAACGACCUGGUCAACAUCUCCUUCCUCAACUUCCAGGCCAUGCAGAAAGAUGCAGCGAAGAUUUGGACAGAUGAGCUGUUCACUUUGGCCACCAACAUACUUUCCCAGAAUGCAUCACGGCACACUUUCCUCCUCAAAGCGUACACUAAGUUAAAGCUGCAGGUGAAUCAGGAUGGAAAAAUUCCUGUGAAGAACAUUCUCAAGAUGUUUUCAGAUAAAAAGCGAGUGGAGACGGCUCUGGAGCAGUGUGGCCUCGUCAAUAACCGGUCUGAGGGGAUAAAGCCAGAUGAUUUCACGUGGGAUGCCUUCCAGAAGUUUUUCGACAGCCUCUCUCUCCGGCCCGAGAUACAAAGCAUCUUUGAGGAGAGUGGCUCCAAGAGGAAGCCGUUCAUCUCUUUGGACCAGCUGAUGGACUUCAUCAACCACAAGCAGCGGGACUCCAGACUGAACGAGGUGCUGUACCCCCCGCUGAAAAGAGAACAGGUCCGUCAGACCAUGGAGAAAUAUGAGACCAACGCCAGCCAGCUGGAGAGAGACCAGAUCAGUUUGCAGGCGUUCAGUCGGUACCUGGAAGGAGAGGAAAACAGCAUCGUGCCUCCAGAGAGGCUGGAUAUCAUCGACGACAUGAACCAACCGCUGUCUCACUACUUUAUCAAUUCCUCUCACAACACGUACCUCACAGUGGGUCAGCUGACCGGUCUGUCCUCAGUGGAGAUAUACCGGCAGGUGCUGCUGACUGGCUGUCGCUGUGUGGAGCUGGACUGCUGGAAGGGCCGGCCUCAGGAUGAGGAGCCCUACAUCACCCACGGGUUCACCAUGACCACUGAGAUCCCCUUUAAGGAGGUGAUCGAGGCGAUAGCAGAAAGUGCCUUCAAGACCUCUCCGUACCCCCUCAUCCUGUCCUUUGAAAACCACGUCGAUUCGGCCAAGCAGCAGGCCAAAAUGGCCGAGUACUGCAGGACCAUCUUUGGAGACGCCCUGCUCAUUGAGCCACUCGAGAAAUACCCGCUGGUCCCCGGUCAGGCCCUCCCUUCUCCGCAGGAGAUGCUGGGUAAGAUUCUCAUCAAAAACAAGAAGAAGCACCAACACCACCGCCCCUCGAGUAGCGGCAGCAUCAGACGCAGAGAGCUGGAGGAGCAGAUGUCACCCAACAACGAUUGCCCUCUGACGGACGGCGAGGGAAGCCAGCUCCUUUCUAACGGGGAGGAAAAGCUGGCAGAGAGGAUGGUCAACAACUCCGAGCCUCGCAAAUCCCUCGGAGGUGAUGGGGAAAGCGAGGAGGACGAGGACGACGAAUCGGCGACUGAUCUGAAAAAGCCAAACUCUGACGAGGGUACCGCCAGCAGUGAGGUCAACGCCACAGAGGAGAUGUCGACCCUCGUCAACUACAUCGAGCCUGUCAAAUUCAAGAGCUUCGAGGUGGCAAACAAGAGGAGGAAGUUCUUUGAAAUGUCGUCGUUGGUGGAAACCAAAGGCAUGGACACCCUGAAGGGCUCCCCCAUCGAGUUUGUCGAGUACAAUAAGAACCAGCUGAGCAGAAUCUACCCCAAAGGAACCAGGGUGGACAGCUCCAAUUACAUGCCUCAGCUCUUCUGGAACGUCGGCUGCCAGAUGGUGGCGCUAAACUUCCAGACCCUCGACCUCCCCAUGCAGCUGAACAUGGGGGUGUUUGAGUACAACGGCCACAGCGGCUACCUGCUGAAACCCGAGUUCAUGAGGAGAACGGACAAGCACUUUGACCCUUUCACAGAAAACAUAGUGGACGGCGUCGUCGCCAAUACGGUCAAAAUUAAGGUGAUCUCAGGCCAGUUUCUGACCGAUAAGAAGGUGGGCGUGUACGUGGAAGUGGACAUAUUUGGACUUCCUGCUGAUACAAAGAGGAAGUACAGGACCAAAACCUCCAAUGGGAACUCGCUGGACCCCGUGUGGGACGAUGAGAUGUUUGUGUUUAAUAAGGUGGUCCUCCCCACACUGGCAUCUCUGAGGAUAGCGGUGUUUGAAGAAAACGGAAAGUUUAUUGGACACCGGAUCCUCCCUGUGUCGGCCAUUAGACCCGGGUACCACUACAUCAACCUGAAGAAUGAGCUGAACCAGCCCCUCCUGUUGCCCUCUCUGCUGGUCUACGCCGAGGCUCAGGACUACAUCCCAAAUGAACACCAGGAGUACGCAGAGGCUCUGACGAACCCCAUCAAGCACAUCAGUCAGUUACAUAAGAGAGAGACGCAGCUGGCUGCUCUCAUAGAGGACAACAGUGAGCAUGUCCCCAACCAGCUCAAAGAGGGAGAGACCAAGAGGGAGAGUGAAGUCAUUCCGGGAGGUCGACUCCCCUCCCCCUUCGACACGCUCCCCCCGUGGUCAUUGGAGGAAGCGCCUGACAUCAUCAAAUUAGCUGCACCGGCUCAAAGUCCAAAGGAAGACCUCAUUGCCACUGUUCUGGCAGACAUCGAGGCCCAGUCCAUAGAGGAGUUGAGGCAGCAGAAGAGCUUUCUGAAGCUGCUAAAGAAACAGAGCAAAGAGGUCAAAGAGCUGCGUAAGAAACACCUGAAGAAGGUGUGGAAUCUGAGCAAGGAGCAGAAGAGUCGGAGUUGCCAGCUUCAAUCCGACACCCAGAGGAGACGCAGCCAGAUGGAGAAGCACCUCAAACGGAGCAUCAAGAGAAACGAGCCCCACGAGCCGGUGCAGCACGAGCUGACGGCCUUGGACCAGGAGCUGGAGCAGCAGACGGUGCAGCUGAGGGAGUGGCAGAUGCAAGAGCUGCUGAAGCUCCGACAACAGCUCCACGCACUGGAGAGGGAGAAGCAACACACACAGCUGCCCGAGGCCCUGCGGAAGUUAAAGGAGACGGCCCAGGAAUGCCAAGCAGCUCAGCUGAAGAAGCUCAAGGACACGUGCGAAAGGGAGAAGAAAGAGCUCCAGAAGAUCCUAGACAGGAAGCGACAAAACAGCAUCUGCGAAGCCAAGAUUCGCGACAAAGACAAGGCUGAAACGGAACUGAAUGAGAUCAACAGAAAGCACAUUCAGGAUUCUGUCUCCCUCAUCCGCGGGCUGGAGGAGGCUCAGACCAGGAGACAAGACAAGCUGAUGCUGAAGCAGCGGGAGGUGCUGCAACAAAUCGAUGAUGAACUUCCACAGCUCCACUGUAAGUUGGAAAGGGAACUGGAGCUGGAGCAUCAGCAGCUACCGGAGGAGAUCUGCCAGCACCUUCAGGUGGAGCUCAAGAGCAAAGGCCUCCGGACAGACGCCCUGUUCUCGCCUCUGUCCAACCACAGCAGCCCGAACCCCAGCUCCGACUCGGGCCCGCCCUCCAACUGCUCCACGCCCUCUUACCCGUCAACGCCCAAUCGGAGCCCCUGGAACAGGAGCAUGGACAAUAGCACUGCGUCAUUGGCCGAAUCCACUUCCUCGUCCACCACUCCCGUCCUGUCGGAGGCGGAGAUGUCCUUCAGUUAAAAUGAUAACUUGUAAAACGGAAAACAAAAUACAUUCAAGCGGGGUCUAUAAGGAUUAUACUGUGGGGUCGUAAUGAUAGUAAUUAUUGACUCAUUUUAUUCCUUUUUUUAUUAUUACAGACUGUUUUUUUCUUGUCGACAGAGCGAUAUUUUUUUCUUUUCUUUUUGUUGCUGUUUUUGUCAGACGCACAUCAUGACUUCUGUUGGACGAUUUCAUCAGAAUCAUAACCAAUUUUUGAAUUUUUUUACAUUUUCUUGUCCGUCUUGCUUUUAACGUCAUAUCCUUUUGAUACUUUUGUCUUCGCAUCAGCGUUUUUUUGUCUGGUCAGUACGCUUUCGCCACACGACUUCAUGCUCCCAUGUUUCAGCCGAACCUCUUCAGUGACACUUUUUGAAAGCUUUUAACUCUAGAGCCACGUUAGAAAACCAUUGUUCGGGGAAAACAUGGUAACAUGCUAGUUGGCCAACGCGAUCAUUAUGAAUCUUUUGAGAUUUUGUUUGUCGCAAUAUAAGAUCAAUGUGAUUCAUAAUCCCAUAGAUACAUACACGAUACAUACACAAAGAACUAUUGAGAAUGCAGCCUCUGGAGUGCUGCGACUACAUGCCAAAACAUACACGCCUCUUCCACUUUUGCAAGUCCAAUUGUUCAUGAUGAGAGCAGUGAUGUCCUGAGUAUCAAGAGAGAACACGACAGAACAAUAUUUCAAAAGGUUUUAGCUGCAAUGGCAGAAGCGACCAGCAUGCGGUGCUGAAGCUUCAGCUGUUUGUUUUAAACCGGGGGUUUGAGCCUUUUAUUCAUUUAGGUUGAUUAUCUGAUUAUACUGUAACCCGACACACACACCUGAGCAGCAGCAGCAGCAGCUGCAGCGUCAUUGUGUGAAUAAAGUCUCUGGCCUUUAACCCAAAAUCAAAGUCCAGCCACGGUUGCAUGGGGAGGGGGGCUCCAGCUGGCUAAGUGUGUGUGUGUGUGUGUGUGUGUGUGUGUGUGUGUGUCUGUGUGUUUUUAGGGCUGAGAAGGGAGGGUAUUAGUGAUGUGUCACCCUCUUUCACACAAACACCUGUCUGACACUAUUUUACAGAGGCGUUUUACCAAUGCAUAAUGGUGCGUGUGUGUGUGUGUGUGUGUGUGUGUGCGCACACACAGUGUAAUGGUUCAGUGGCUAAAAGACUUUAAAAUCCUCAUCCCAUGUAAUCUAUCCCAUUUGGAAAACAAGACACACACACAUCCAAUUUUACAAAUAUCUGAUUACUAAACUCGACAAGGUUAUUUGUGUGCGUGCGUGUGGAGAAGUUAAUCUCUUAAGACAUCUGCUUAUUCCUGCUAAAUGGAAAGUGCUGUGUUUGUGUGUGUGUGUUUGUGUAUGUGUAUCUUUCCAUGUUUACUGGUGCAAUUACUUUGCCACUUUUGCAGCCUAGAGAUGGACAUUAUGCUUAAAUGGCAACGCCACUGUAGGAGACGGUCCUCAGAUGAUGAUUUAAGGCUGCUCUAUGACAUUUUAAUAUACAAAUGCAAUCUUAUUUGGACUCUGAAUCCCCAUAUGAGGUACUAACACGAGGGUAUUCCUUUGCAUUUUAGUUGCUACACUGUAGAUCUGCUCAAUUUGGCAAAUUCUUAUUGUUUUCAUGUUUAGAUUAUGUGGAAAGAAUUCCUGUUGCAACUCACUUGAAGCUUAAUUUCCCUGAAGCCUCAAAAUAAGAUUCAAGUUCAAACUUCUUCUUGCCGUUUGUUGCUAGCGUGUGUAGUUCAGUUCUCAGUGGACAUAGGAACUGUUUUAUUGUAGGGGGAAUAUUCCACUCAGUUUUUAAGAUACUCCAUUGAAGCCAAACAUUGAAUGUGGGAUUGUCGUGUACAAAUGGUACUUUGUUUUUGUCCCUAUCAAAGCUUCCUCACUUUUUAAUUUCAUCCAUUACUGGAUCCUUUUUUAAUUUUUUUUAGUUGAUAAGAUGACAACUUUUUUGUCUUUCUUGUGUUUUCCACUUUGAGUGGUAACAUGAUGGCACUCUGUGUAUAUGAAUUCUGUGUACAUGUUUAGCUUUAUGUGAAUUUUACUACUGACUACAGGUGCUAAAGAGGGAUGGAGGUCAGCAGAGGUCAAUGAAGGUUGAGGAAAGGAAAGAGUUGGUAUAAUUUCUUCUUUUUUUCAAAAGAAAAGAUUAUUUUUAGAUGACUUUUCUGCCUUGUCCUCUUCCACCUCCCUCCUUCAGAGAGCACUGGCUGCCUGACUGUCUGAUUACCCCCCUCACACAAACGCUUUGUAAACUAUCAUCUUUUUAAAUGGGAUUUUAACAACUUUUUCUUUUGUGGUUAUUUAAGUUUUUAUAGGUGGAAGAAAUAACCCACUAGUUCAGUGGAACAACCCGAGUGUAAAUGUGUCUUUCUUAUAUCAAAGCCCCCAUUCCAGAUACAAUAUGGACAAAGCUUUUAAAAUCAUUAUGGAGUUUUUCAGGUUGACACCUCUGGGGUCAGGACUGGCUUCAAAUGCGUAUGCUGACCUUUAGUUUGUUAAGAUGGAAGAUAGCCAGCCUGUAAAUGUUUUUAAUCGUCUAUCUCGCUUUAGACACAAGCGUAUGCAGUGUGUUUUUUGUGUGUCUUUUGUAUGUAUUAUUUGUUUUACUUUAUGCAGUAAAACAAUUUCCCAUCUUCUCAAAUCAAAUGGUUUCAUUUUUUUAGGUUUUAGAGGUGGUCCAAAUCAUUCCAAGUCCAGUGGCAAGUAUUCAGAUAUAUUUGUACAUUAUUACUAAAAUACAGAGAAGAUUGUUUUGUAUUCUUAUGUUUGAUCCCAUUUCACGCCAACCCCAUUUCAGAUGAAGUUGUGUUCAUGUUUAGAUGCACUGUUACCAAUCUGUGCUGUUGAUGCUCGUAAAGGACAUUUUGAAAGCCA